UUCUGACGUCAUUCCCAUUGGGGCCACGAGGCUGAAGCAAUGCUCUCCUGAUACCCGACUUGAAUCUCAAUCUCUCUCUUCACGCUCGUUCAACCAUCAUUUUUCGAGUCCUACACAGCAGACGUGAAAAUGCCACGGACGAGCAAGCGGAGAAAGACAUCUUCAGGUGCAGCUGCGGCACCAGCCGAACCAGCUCCACCUCCAGAUGAGAAAUCAUUGCCUAAACAUCAUCUUGACGACAGCACUACUACGAACGAAGCGAAACAAGAGACUGUUCGACCUGAAGCCUCGGAGACUGGAACACAUGAGCAUAUAGCUUCCCAUCCGGAAGCUGAUGAAGCGAAUGCUGAAGCCGACAAUAUCAGCAACGCUAGCGACGCCCCAACCUUUGAUGAUAUCGACCCUGCAGAUGCUGACCCGGCGCUGCUCGAUGAAGAAGAAGCUCCCAAAUCCACAUCUGCGACCAAAGGGGCCUCUGCGGUCGGCGUUCGCGGCGGUUUCAACGCCCUAAAGUCCUUCCAUGGGCAGGUCUACUCGGGCAUGGCGAUCGGUGGCUCGCACACGUGGAACUACGAUCAAGGCGCGUGGAAGGAGACCAAACUCGAGCCGGACCUGUGGAAGAUCGACUAUGAGACGACAAAGCGACGUGCACGCAAUGCGCCGAGAGGCAGUGGCGCGCCUGUUGGGACUGAGUAUCAUUGGCUGAUUGUUGCACAUCAACACGUUAAGAAAAUCGACGCCAACACAUACACCACUCACCUCACGGGUUCAAAGUACAAGCUUGCACACAAGAACGUCAACUCGAACUCGUGGUCUGUCCCGACAGUCAAAGUCCAGCGAGAGCGCGAGGUUGAUUUGUUGGAAGAUGCGAAGCGACGAGUACAAGGUCUGCCGCCCGUGCUGGCGGGCGAGAAGGUCAAAGUCGAAAAGGGAGCCGAGAAAGGGCAGCGGAAGCUCGAGACAAUGUUUGGCAAGAAGGCUGACGGUGGUGAGAAGAGGAAGAGGGAGGAUGAUGGCUGAGGGUGUUGAACACAGCGAGAGCUCAUAAGACCUAGUUUUUCUUUACAGCAGAAUUAGCGGAGCGGUGUAACGUACCAUCAUCUUGCAUCACAAGCGGACACUUGAGGGCGCAGUUUAAGUUAGAUCAACGACUUCAACC